AGUCUCAGCACCACAACCUCUACAAGCACACAAGUGACCACGACGACGACCACAAUCACUGGCACGAGCAGCAGCGCAGCAAGCACAUCAGCAACACCUACACCCACCUAUACUCUCACACCUAUACCAACCUACACAUCAUCACCAACCCGGACGUUUGAGGACAGUAGCACAGGCACUCCAACGCCCAACGCAACGACUUCAGUCUCGCCGACUACCAGUACGCCCGUGAGUACUACACCAGCGCCCACCGGCACAGUAACUCUCUCGUCCACCGAAACUACUGCUACGCCAGCACGCAGAAGACGAGCUGUCAAGGCAGACACAGACUAUCUUUACUGCCCAGGUGCACCCGACUACAAAGAGUUCGACGCACGUUUGUGGUUGGCCAAUGCCACCUCAGAUAACAACUUCACAGCCUUUGUCACUGAGUUGAACAAUAGGAAUCCGGGUGAGUUGAGAGUACAAUAG